AUGCAAGAGCGUGAAGAAAGCUAUAUCCCCGUGGCGCUAGCACGAGCUCAACUGAGCAAAGUUGUGGCAGAUAUGCACGCGAUGAAAGCCGAGCAGGUCGAGAAACUGAACGAAAUUCUAGAGCACUACCGCGGGAUCGAGAAAGACACUCGCGAGCGGCAUGAAGCGCGCGUCCGAGCGCUUAAAGAUCGAGCCGAGUCGAAGUUGAAGGAGUCACGAGAGCAAUAUAUUGCACUGGAAAAGGCUGGCGCUCAGCGGGAAGAGCUCCACGCGAAGGAGAAGAAAAUGCUGCUUGAUGAGCAAGAGAGUCUACGUCUUCGACACUUGAGAGCUCAUGAAGCCUGGCGGUGCGAGUUUGAACGCGCGCUGCAAGCUCACGAAGACGAGUUCGCCAAGGAACAGAAGGUGGCUCUGGACGAAAUAGCACGUGUGUCUCGAGUGGCAGCGUGUACAGGCCAGCAAGCACAGCGGCAAAUUCGUGACGAGUUACAGAUGUGCAUCGAAGACGCGCAUAGUCAAGGGAUGCGCGUGGACGAGCAGCUUUGCAACGCUCGUUUGGGUAUGGAGAGCCAACACCAUGCCUUCUUGGAAAACGCGGCCAAGCUUCGAAGACAUUUUGCGGCGAAUUUGGACGUCCAGCGCUUCGUUUACUCACUGAUUGAUAGUGUUGUCGACAGCAAACAACAGAUUGUUGAGGCACAACGCGCUGCACAACUCCAGGAUAGGCUUCGUGACCUCGAAGCGAAGGCCAAAGCCGCAGGAUCUCGUGAACAAAUACUCGAGCGAAGGUUAAAAGCCGCUCGAGAUCGGUUCGACUUCAUCGAGGCUCAAGCAGUUCGAGAGACGGUGGAGAUGCUAGUCCACGCUGUUGUGGUGACGAUAGAGGGUACACCAACAAAAGCCCCACCUACAACGUCAGAUACCCCCACACAAACGGAGGACUUCGAGAAAGAGUCGAAAGAAGAAGCGAAAACAGCAGAGACUGUAUGUGAGGUCACUGGUGUUGAUGGUGCUGAAGUCCCCACGCUCCCACUGGACAAGACCAAGUACGAGAGCGAAGUUGAAGUCGCUCGUGAGCGAAAGAGAAGCUCGAAGCUCUGA